UACUCCCCCCCUGUUUACCGUGGGAGCCCCGCUAACUCCGGCCCGAACCGGCCGCGCCCCUGCAACCGCAACGGAACUCCAUCCCCCCACUCACUCCACCCAGUCCUCCUCUUUUACUUGGUCUCACCGUCCAUCGGCAGCGGCAGCACCAGCCUACGGCGUCGUUGCGAGGGAAGGGAGGCAGGAUGCUCACCUUCACCGAGCUGUCGUGCCCGGCGGGCGGCGGCGGCGGCGGCGGCGGCGGCGAGGACGCGCCCCGCUCCGUCGACCCGCAGCUCUGGCUGGCCUGCGCGGGGAGCAUGUGCACCGUGCCGCCCGUCGGCGCCGCCGUCUACUACUUCCCGCAGGGCCACGCAGAGCAGGCCGCCGCCACCGUCGACCUGUCCGCCGCGCGCGUGCCGGCCCUCCUCCCCUGCCGCGUCUCCGCCGUGCGCUUCAUGGCCGACCCGCAGACCGACGAGGUCUUCGCCAAGAUCCGCCUCGCCCCGCUCCGCCAGGGCGAGCCGGCGGUCGACGUGGGCGACGCCGCCGCCGAAGGGCGGGCGCUUCAGGACGACCGCCCCAAGCCGGCCUCCUUCGCCAAGACGCUCACGCAGUCCGACGCCAACAACGGCGGCGGCUUCUCGGUGCCCCGCUUCUGCGCCGAGACCAUCUUCCCGCCGCUCGACUACAGCUCGGAGCCGCCGGUGCAGAGCAUCAUCGUCAAGGACGUGCACGGGGACGAGUUCAAGUUCCGCCACAUCUACCGGGGCACCCCGCGCCGCCACCUGCUCACCACGGGAUGGAGCAACUUCGUGAACCAGAAGAAGCUCCUCGCCGGCGACUCCAUCGUCUUCCUGCGCAGCGAGGGCGGCGAGGUCCACGUCGGCAUCCGCCGCGCCAAGCGCGUCUUCUGCGACGAGGGCCACUCCGGGUGGGACCACUACAGGGGCCUGAUGCGCGGCAAUGCCAGCUCCGGCGACGGCGGCGCGGCCACCGCCAAGGGGAAGGUCCCCGCCGAGGACGUGGUCGCGGCGGCGAGGCUGGCCGCCGCCGGGCAGCCGUUCGAGGUGGUGUACUACCCGCGGGCGAGCACCCCGGAGUUCUGCGUGCGCGCGGGCGCGGUCAGGGCGGCCAUGCAGGUGCAGUGGUGCCCCGGCAUGCGCUUCAAGAUGGCGUUCGAGACCGAGGACUCGUCGCGGAUCAGCUGGUUCAUGGGCACCGUCGCCGGCAUCCACGCCGCCGACCCCAGCCGCUGGCCGCAGUCGCCCUGGCGGCUCCUCCAGGUGACCUGGGACGAGCCGGAGCUGCUCCAGAACGUGAAGCGCGUGUGCCCGUGGCUGGUGGAGCUGGUGUCGAGCAUGCCCAACCUCCACCUGCCGUCCUUCUCGCCGCCGCGCAAGAAGCCGCGGAUCCCGUCCUACGCCGACUUCCCCUUCGAGGGGCAGCUCUUCCACCCGCCGCCGCCGCCGUUCCCGCCCAACCACGGCCACCACCAUCAGCAGGACCAGCUCCUGCACCACAGCUUCCCAUUCUUCCCCUUCCCGGACAGCAAUGGUGCUCCUCUCGCAGGGAUACAGGGAGCCAGGCAUGCGCAAUUCGGUCCGUCCUUUUCGGAUCUCCACCUCAGCAACCUGCAGUCGAGCCUGCUCUACGCGGGCGGCGCCGUCCGCCGCCCCGCCGCCGACCACGUCGCUCCUCGCGCACCAAGAACGAUCAGCACCGACCUGACGAUCGGCACCUCGCCCGCCCGCGAAGACGACAACAUCACGACGCGCGCUCCGACAAAGAAGGCCGGCGGCGGCGACGUCAAGCCGGCGCCGACCCUGCUGCUCUUCGGGCAGGCGAUACUGACCGAGGAGCAGAUGAAGUCCAGCAGCGCCGGCGGCGACGCGGCCACCUCGCCGGUGGCCGGCGGGUGCGGCUCGCCCAACUGGGACGUGGAGAAGGCGCCCAACCUCUCGGAGGGCUCCGGGUCGGGCUCCGGCGUGAUCCAGGGCAGCCCAAGCAACAACAACACGUCCUCCUGGAGGCUGCAGUGGUUCGGGGACAGCAGCGGCCAGGCGGCGCCGGAGCUGCUGGGGCUGGAGCCCGGGCAGUGCAAGGUGUUCGUGGAGUCGGACGCCGUGGGGCGCAUCCUGGACCUGUCGGCGCUGGGGUCGUUCGAGGAGCUGUACGGGCGCAUGUCGGAGAUGUUCGGCAUGGAGUGCGCUGAACUGAGGAACCACGUGCUCUACCGCAGCGCCGCCGGCGAGGUGAAGCACAUCGGCGAUGAGCCUUUCAGCGCGUUCGUGAAAUCGGCCCGGAGGCUGACGAUCCUGACGGACGCCGGCAGCGACAACAUAGGGGGCUGAGAAUGAAUGAAGCAGCGGACAAUCAUCAUUAGCCGAAUAACUUAGGUGGCCGGCCAUUCCAAGUCGUCAUUAGCGAGCAAUAAGCCGGACCAAGUGCCCCCUGCGUGUACAGCUGAACUGCAAGCUGUGGUUGGUUUCUUCCCGAGUUAGUAGCUCAUUUCCCUUUCAUUUUCCCGUCGCCGUAGCCGUAGGAGCUGCAAAACAAACCAAAUCAAUGUGGCAGCAGCACCACUCCCCUCUGGACACCUUUCAUGAUCAUCAUCGAAUGUAACGUACUUGCCGGCUGCCAUGGCAUGCCGCGGAUCUCCUCUUUUUA